AUGCUCUUCCCUUGGCUUUUUAUCUUCUGGUUUUUACAGAUGCGAACACCCAUCUGGAUCAUUGCAGCCCCUUUUGGCCUAACAGAAUCAGAACAUGUACUGCAACAUGAUGGGUCUGUGGUCAUUGGUGCAUUUUUUCCUCUCAUAGGUGACACUGCUUCAAGUUUAAAAAUAGAUUGGAAAACAUUACCUUUGGGCACAUCUAAUGAUUUAUGGAUGGAUAUACGAAACUACCAACUUGUUUUGGCCAUGUUAUUUGCCAUCAAUGAAAUCAACUUGAACCCUCAUGUUUUACCAAACACGUCUCUGGGACUUGAGAUAUAUAGUCUCCCAGAUACUGAAAGGAACAUUCUGAAGAGUGUAUUCUAUUGGCUCACAGGUUUGAGCAUAUUUAUCCCUAAUUACAAUUGUAGAAAAAAGUGGAAAUCGGCUGCUACACUUACUGGAAUAUCAUGGAAAUCAUCUGAAAUCAUUGGGACAUUGUUGGGUCUUUACAAAUUUCCUCAGCUUACUGUUGGGCCUUUUGAUCUUGCCAAGAUUGACACAAAUCAGUUUACAUCUCUGUACCAGGUAGCCCCCAAAGACACAUCUCUGUUCUGUGGUAUUGCCUCUUUGAUGCUUCAUUUCAGCUGGACCUGGGUGGGACUGCUCAUCACAGAUGACCACAAAGGUUCUCAGUUUGCAUCAGAUUUUAGAAUGGAGAUGGAAAAGAACAAAGCCUGCAUAGCUUUUGUGGAAACAGUAUCAUAUGUGGGAGAACCAAUAUAUUAUUUGCUAAGAUAUGAUCAGAUGCGUACUCUAGAGUCAUCUGCAGAUGUGAUUGUAAUUUAUGAACACAAUAAUUUCCUAUUAACUAUAAUAGUAAAUAUCCAUAGAAAGUACACAAUGAAUAAAAUCUGGGUUAUGAAUAAAAAAUGGAUUAGCCCAAGUAUUCAUCCAUAUACACUGUCACAUUUAUCCCAUGGGGCUCUCACUUUUUCACCCCAUCAUGGGGAGAUUGUUGGUUUCAUAAAAUUUAUGCAGGAAGCCAAUCCUGUUAAGUACCCAGAAGAUACUUUUCUUCUUAUCUUGUGGAUGAUUUUUUUCAAUUGCUCAAGAUUGCAUUCUGCACGUAAAAUCAUUGAAAACUGUCUGCCCAAUGCCUCUUUGGGAUUGUUGCCAAGGAGUCUUUUUGAAAUGGUCAUGACUGAAGAGAGUUACAAUGUGUACAAUGCUGUGUAUGCAGUGGCCCACAGUCUCCAUGAGAAGAAUCUCAAUCAAAUACAAGUUCAACCACAGGCAAAUAUUGAUAGGACUCUGUUAUCCCCCUGGCAGCUUCACCCUUUUCUGAAGACUAUUCAAUUCAAAAACUCUGUUGGUGACCCUGUGGUUCUGGACUGGAAAAGGAUGGCUGAUCCAGAGUAUGAUAUUCACAACGUUUGGAACUUUCCAUCAGGUCUUUCACUAUUGGUGAAAGUGGGUACAUUUGUUCCUAGUGCUUCCAAGGGGGAACAGCUGAUGAUAUCUGAAUACAUGAUUAACUGGCCCAUAGGAUUUACAGAGAUUCCUUGGUCUGUCUGCAGUGAGAGCUGCAGCCCUGGAUUCAGGAAAGUUGUUCUGGAGGGAAGGCCUACCUGUUGCUUUGACUGCAGUCCUUGCCCAGACAAUGAGAUUUCCAAUGAGACAGGUAUGGUUCAGUGUGUGCACUGUCCAGAAACUCAAUAUACAAAUGCAGAGAAGACACACUGCCUGGAGAAAACUGUCACCUUUCUGGCCUAUGAGGAUCCCUUGGGGAAGGGACUCACACUCGUGUCCCUUGGAUUUUCUACUCUCACAGCUCUUACUUUUGGAGUCUUUGUAAACCACAGAGACACUCCAAUAGUCAAGUCCAAUAACAGAUCUCUCAGCUACAUCCUGCUCAUCACUCUGACCCUCUGUUUCCUCUGUCCAUUGCUCUUCCUUGGUCUUCCACACACAGCCACAUGUAUCCUGCAACAGAACGUGUUUGGACUUCUGUUCACUGUGACUCUAUCCACUGUGUUGGCCAAAACCAUCACUGUAGUUAUGGCCUUCAAGAUUACAGCUCCAGGAAGAAAGAUCAGAUGGUUGCAGAUAUCACAGGUCCCUAAGUGUGUCAUUCCAGCUUGCACUCUGAUACAAGUACUUCUCUCUGGCAUAUGGCUGGGUACAUCCCCUCCAUUUAUUGACAUGGAUGCUCACUCUGAACAGGGACACAUCAUCAUUCUUUGCAACAAGGGCUCAGCUGUUGCCUUCCACUGUGCUCUGGCCUACCUGGGAGUCAUGGCCUUGGGUAGUUACCUCAUGGCUUUCUUGUCCAGGAACCUUCCUGACACAUUUAAUGAAUCCAAGUCCAAGUCCAUGGCUUUCAGCAUGCUUGUGUUCUGCAGUGUAUGGGUCAUGUUCCUCCUUGUCUACCACAGCACCACUGGGAAGGUCAGGGUAGCUAUGGAAAUGUUCUCUAUCCUGGCUUCCAGUGCAAGCAUUCUAAUUGUAAUCUUUGUCCCUAAGUGCUACAUUGUUUUGUUUAGGCCAGAAUUAAACACACUUCCUCAUACCAGGGAUGAAAGACACCACAGGAGCAAAUAUUUACUUAAAACACAGUUCACAUGA